GCGGCGGAUUUUGCCCGAGGAGAUCGUCUCGGGAAGAGGUUGGACGUGCAAGUGCAUGUGCAUAGGCAGCAUAGGUGAUUCGGAAAAGGCUGACUGCCACUAGAACUAGUGGCACGGACCUGGAACAAGUGGCACGGAUACGGAACAAGUGGCACGGACCAGGAAUACAAGUGGCACGGACCAGGAAUACAAGUUGCACGGACCUGGAACGAGUGGCACGGACCUGGAACAAGUGGCACGGACCUGGACCAAGUGGCACGGACCAGGAAUACAAGUUGCACGGGCCUGGAACGAGUGGCACGGACCUGGAACAAGUGGCACGGAUCCGGAACAAGUGGAAGGGACCUGGAACAAGUGGCACGGACACCUUGGGCUACAGUCUGUCUGCGGCAUUAGGAGCACAGCAACAGGAACCUGAGCCACCAGUUUUGGUUCAUUUGGCUUUUAUCACCCCUUUUCUUCGCUGUCGCUUUUUUUCUUCCUUUCCCUGCCCUGCCUUUUCCUUUCUUUUCAUUGCCUAUUUGCUUCACCGUUUCAUUCUCCUCCUUGUCCUAAAACACAUUGUCUUGUAUGUCCGAUGUCCUCUUGCUCUAUUUCCUUCAUAACUCUUCUUUUCAUUAGAUGAAAAACAGGGGUGGAAAUUGAUGGAGGAUGCUUUGAGGAGGUCAGCCAUUUGGAAUCGGUAUUGUGCAAUAGGCCGUCUUUGCAUCCAUGUGUUGUGGUUCUUGCUCAGAGAGUUUCAGUGACGUUUGAUGGAAACCUGAUGGUGGUAGUAGUUUCAGGCAUGACCUUGAAGACCUUACAUAAAUUCCUCAUUCAGGUAAUGUGAAUGUGUGAAUGUGAGGUUAUCGCGAUGCUUCACUACUCUGCGUGCAGCUGAGUGUCUGUACGAAACUCAACGUGCACAGAUAGGUGGGCGGACUUCUCUCUCUCUCUCUCUCUCUGUGCACAGAUAACGUCCUCCGCAGGUUCCUGAGUUCUGGUGGAACCCGCUGUACACAUAGCUGUCUACAGCGUGCCCAAGGUAGACAACCGCGUCUUCUUCUACAAGUUCACAAGUUUGCGUGGUAGUGGAAGUGGGACCGGAAGUGUAUCGACAUGUUUGGGGCACCGGCGAACCCCUUCGGGGGUCAGCCUUCGUCAAGCCCUUUCGGCUUGAGUAGCACGUCCAGUGCAUUUGGUGCAAGUAAUUCAGCCAAUCCGUUUGCUCAGCCUGCGAAUCCGUUUGCACCGAAACCAUUUGGUUCCUCAACUGGUCUUUUUGGUGGAACAGCAACUGGUGUGUUUGGUGCUGCAUCGCAACCCGCAUUUGGGUCGACACCGGCUUUUGGGUCCUCUGCACCAGCUUUUGGUACAACGCCGUCUUCGCCGUUUGGUGCAAACAAUGCUUUCGGGCAGAAGCCUGCAACACCUUUCGGCACCUUUGGUGCCUCGCCGGGCCAGGCCAAUCCCUUUGGGACCACAACUUUUGGCCAGGCACAGCCCAGUCAACCUGCCUUUGGUGCGACGACAACCCCAGCAUUCGGUGGUACACCGGCUUUUGGCGCAACGUCAGCGCCUGCGUUUGGAGGUACAUCAACUCCUGCGUUUGGUGCAACCACGGCUCCUGUGUUUGGGGUAACGACUACCCCGGCAUUUGGGGCAGGGGCUUCGGCACCAGCAUUUGGUGCAGGACAGCCAGCCAGCACACCUGCGUUUGGCAGUACGAGCUUCGGAGCAACGGGGGCGUUUGGACAGCAGCAGCAGCAACAGCAGCAGCAGCAGCAGCAGCAACAGCGAGGCAGUCGUGUGACCCCUUAUCAGGCGACCAGCGAUCCCGACUCGCCUGCCGGGCAACCGGGAAAGUUCAUCUCGAUUUCGGCGAUGCCAGCUUACAAAAACAAGAGCGUUGAGGAGCUGAGGUGGGAGGAUUAUCAACAGAACGACAAAGGUGGGCCUGCACCAGCCGGUCAGGCACGCCCAGCAGGUUCGAUCUUUGGGGCGCCACCCCAGUCCAACCCAUUUGGUGGUGCGACCACAUUCGGAAGCACUACCCCAAAUCCGAACCCCUUCGGUGUGGCAUCUUCUCCGAAUCCAUUUGCAUCCUCAACCCCAGCCUUUGGCUCCACUACGACCCCAGCGUUUGGUGCAACUGCAACCUCUUCACCGGCCUUUGGCUCAACUUCGUCAUCGCUUUUUGGUGCACCAGCAGCUUUCGGGAGCACCGGGCAGCAAUCGAGUCCCGCAUUUGGUUUGCAGCCAUCGACUUCGGUCUUUGGGUCAGCACCAGCCAGCACCCCAGCCUUCGGCUCAACGAGCGUGUUUGGUUCAACCAGUGGCAGCACACUUGGGUCGGGCUUGUUUGGUGCCACAAGCAGUGCAUUUGGGAGCACAGGUGGAGCGUUUGGGGCGGGGCUGGCUUCGUCUACCCCUGCAUUUGGGAGUGUGACGCCUUCGCCAGCAUUCGGUUCGUCCACUCCUGCUUUCGGUACCACCACCAGUCUCUUUGGGAGCACUCCAUCUCCCUUCGGGGUUUCCACCUCUGCUUUUGGGCAAUCCUCAACUCCUGCCUUCGGAUCCACGCCUACACCGUUUGGCCAGACUUCAGCAAGCACGUCGGCAUUUGGCAGCACCAGUCUUUUUGGAAACGCCUCCUCGGCUUUCAACUUCAGUCAAACGCGACCUGCGGGAUUGACAGCGUCAACACCAGCGGCGUCACCCUCGCCGUUUGGCAGUUUCACCAACCCAGCCACGAACACUGGCUUUGGGUUCAAUACACAGCCACAGGGGACAGCAGGGCUUCUAGGAAGCACAGCCCCAUUGCUGUUACAGCAGCCGGUUCUGCAGCCUCAGCAGCCUCAGCAACCGGGAUUGAUGGGGCAGCAGGUCGGCAUAUUUCCGACGCCUGUGGCGAAUCCUUUUGGCUACAUGCCAGCAGUACCACAAGUGAAUGUGGGAAGGUCAUGGAGCACGACCCCUAACAAAGGGCAGUCGGGAAUUGCGAGCAUGCCGCUGUCGGAAAAGCCUGUGCAGACUCGAGGCACAUCGUUGUUGACACCGAGACACAUCACCCCGCGGUCGAGGGUGCGGAUGCACGCAAGGAGAUACCAGCCUCAGAGUGGCAGCGCAAGGGUGUCUUUCCUGAGCGAUGGCGAAGAGGUACCCACGACGCCACGGGCUGAUGUGCUGUUCGUUCCCAGGGAAAAUCCGCGCGCGCUAUUCAUUCGGCAGCCCGAUCAGUCAGCAACUGUGGGAACGCCAUCCAGAACGGUGGGUUUGAGCAGCCGAACCAUCGCUUCACCUGCAGAGAAUGGGAGAUGUACCUCGCCUCCGGCUGACGUCUUUGGUGAUAGUGCUGAGACAAGAGCUGUGAGGACGGAAAUGCAGAUGCCAGCGACUCAGUCAUCGCCUCCUCGCACAAUGCCUGGGGUACCGUAUAUGAAUGGCUCCGACCCCAGGGAGCUUGAUGUGAGAUCACGCGAGCAGGUGGUUAUCGGGGAGAGGGGAGGUGGUAGAACAGCUUCCGCCACAAAGCUUACGUCCGGAACGCCGGACGAGAGAACAGGAAACGGCCAUGCUUCUCAUCUGUUUGCUGCAGACCAUGAGGAGGAUGGUAUUUCUGCGGGGAAGCGUGGCACAGAUAUUGAGGCCCUCUUGCCCAAACUGCAACAUCCAGAGUACUACACAGAGCCGAAAGUUCAAGAGCUGGCCGCAAAGGAGCGUGCGAGCCCAGGGUACACUUCUCGUGUGAAGGACUUCGUCGUUGGUCGCAGGGGUUAUGGGUCUGUAAGAUUUUUGGGUGAGACAGACGUUAGGGGACUGGACCUGGAGGGCAUUGUGCGGUUCAACAAGUGCGAGGUCUUGGUGUACAUGGACGAAAGCAAGAAGCCUCCCGUCGGCAAGGGGCUGAAUAAACCCGCAGAGGUCACACUUCUGAAUGUCAAAUGCAUUGACAAGAAGAGUGGGCAGGUGCUGGAAGGUCCUGAGGUGGAGAAGUUUGAGAGGAAGCUGAAGAGGAAGACCGAGGAGCAGGGUGCCGAAUUUGUAAAGUAUGAUGCCUCCAAAGGGGAAUGGGUGUUCAGGGUGAAACACUUCAGCCAGUAUGGGUGGGUGGACGUUUUGGAUGAAGCUGACGAAGAUGUGUGAUUGGUUCUCUGGAAAGGGAGUGAGCAAAAUUCUGUUCUCCUGGACCUUGAUGCCUGCGGAAAAUGGAGAUGACGCAGUGGAUAUCUGCUGUACGCGUCUGGCACAGAGGGCUCCGGAGAGAAUGAGGAGGUGUCGAUUAUGAAAGCCGGACAGAUGUCGUAUGCUAUUCGUAGGAAUUAGGAGACCUCACUGGUUGGACACCUCGGUGCAUAACCUGCUUGACAUGUACUGAUCAGGAGGAUAAACUACAAAAGGGUGCUUUUGGGUGGGCACAUGGUUGUGGUUCUGGUUUGGGAGAACUUGUGGGGAGGCGCUUUUGAGUGAGUAAAGUUUUGUCUUCCUC